AGAAUAACUGUAAAGUAUAUAUAAAUGGCUGAUGAUCUUGGUGAUGAUUGGUGGGAAAAUGCAGAAAUUGUUUCUGAAGAUGAAAAAAAUAAUCAAGAGAGUGUAAAAGCUACAAAGUUAAAGAAAAUGAAAAGAAAAGUAUCAAUAGAUAAAAAUGAUGGUGAUCCUAAAAUAAAAAAAAGAAAAAGAAAAUUAAUCAAUGAACAGAAUUGUGCACCUGAAAAAGAAGCUAAAAAGAAAAAAUCAAAUAAUAUUGUGCCCUUGGCUAAAAAAAAGCAAAAGAAAAAGAAGCUUUCAAUUCAAGUAGUACAAGAAAAUACACUUGUACCUAAUGUAGAAAGUUUAUGGGCAUACUUUGAAAAAGAGCUUGGAAAAACAUUAUCAUGCAUAGAGCUAGAGGAUAUUAAACCUAAUCAUGAUUCGUGGGUAAUUGGAGAAGAUUCUCCAAAAGUUAUUGAUGAAAACUUUCAACUUUCUUCUUAUUUAAAAACAAUUGUACCUAAUUGGGAAAAAAUUUGCAAAAAAGUCCAGGAUAAACCUGGUUCGCCAGUCAUGUUAAUAAUCACAUCAGGUGGACAACGUGCAGCAGAUUUAUUGAGAAAAGCAUCUGAUUUUCGUGGUAAAAAUUGCAAAAGUAUGAAAUUAUUUGCCAAACAUUUUAAGAUUAAUGAACAGGCAGAUUUUUUAAAUAAAAAUGUUAUCCAUCUUGGUGUUGGGACACCAAACAGAGUUGCAAAACUUAUUGAGUUAGGAAAUCUUUCAAUAAAAUACCUGAGUUAUAUUGUUAUUGAUUGGACUUGGAAAGAUGAUAAAAAUAGGAGUAUAUGGAAUAUGCAUGGAGUAAAAGAUAACUUUCUAGAACUUUUUCAAAAGUACAUUCUACCAAAAUGCAAAAGUAGUAAAACUUAUGUUGGAUUGUUUUAGUGAAUAAAUCGUGAAUAUAUUUUAAAGUUA